GUUGAUAAAGUGUCCAGUGGGAUGCCUGAGGUCAGUAGGGUUCUAACUGAAGAUUGGAAAGAAGGUGCACCGACAUCAUUACUUUUAGGCGGGAACACGCAACGAUUUGAUGACUUGAUAGGUCAAAAUAAAGGAGUUUUUGUACAUAAGACGAUUGGUCCAAAGGGUGGGAACUUGCAAGUUUCCGGUGUGUCAUUAGUUAUCCCACCAAAUGCUUUAGAGGACGAAACGCUUAUUUCUCUCGGGGAGGUUUGGGACAGUAGAUUUAUACCAAGGCUUUCAAAGAAACAAAGUUUGUUAAGUCCUGUCGUGUUAUGUCAACCGAGCGGUCUCAAAUUUAAGCUUCCGGUGACCUUGACAUUUUCCCAUGCGGCGGUCAAUGUCGCGUCAGAUUGGAUGCCAAAACUUCUAAAACGUGAAGGAGAUUUAAAUGAGGAGAAAGAUUGGGUACCGUUAACAUUACCAGACUAUGAAGCUAUAGAUAUGAGCAAUAGUAAUGUAACAAUAAAGUUACACCAUUUCACAUUAUACACGUGCACAGGAGAAUCAAGGCCUGGUAAACAAGCCGCUAAACUAGUUCACAUUGUGGCAUUUGCGGGAAAACUUCAAAAAGGUUCUUUCUACAAACCUAGACUUUAUUGUAUAAACAAGUACAAUGACGAACUUGAGGAAGUGGAAAAAAUAGCUGCAAGAAUCGAUGCAAAUUCGAAAAUAAUGGAAACAACAAAUCUGAUUAUUCAUGACAACGAUCAAGAUGUGAUGGUGGAAUUGGCUUUACUUACAGGCGAGUGGCGUCUUGCAGGGGCAUCGACAGAGGUAUUUACUGUACAUUUGCAGCUUCUAAUAGAAUUAGACAACUAUUUUCAUAUAAUUGAAAAAUAUCCUUUUUAUCCACAGUCAUGUCAAGGCGAUGAUCCAAGAGAUGAAUUGAUAAACGAACUCGUUAUUCUAUUGGAUCCUCAAAACGAGGCUAGUUUAAACGCGGGAGAUUAUAGGAAUCUAGCCGAGAAAAUGAAGUGUUGCCUGGCUAGAAUACGGUGGCUGGGAAUACAAUCAAGUCCUACACGGAUUCUGAUUGAGAAAUGGUUGGACGAAGGAAAUACCUUUAAUGAUUUGGAACAAAUAAUGAUGGACAUAAACAGGGCAGAUGCAGCUGAAGAAAUUAGAAAAAGGAUGCCAUAUCUGGAGCGAUUUAACAAUUUGUAAAAUAAAAUAAUUUGACUAAGCAAGGCUUGGAUGAUCUUUGACACAUACUUAACAGAGGCAAGAGUUUUUACAAAAUAAAAAUUCAAGAACAUCUAUUCUUGAACGAAAUUAUCUGUAACUUCCAAAAUCCAAAAGGAUUCCCUGUUAUGUACUUUUAUUUUGUUGAAAUGAAUAUUUUCAUUUCAUAAUGUUUAUAUAUGCAAUAAAAUAUUAUAAAACUAA